AUGUCUACGAGUCCCCGUCGCCUUAACUCUCUCUCUCUCUCUCUCCAUAUCAGUAACUCUCUCUCUCUCUCUCCUCCUUUUCUCUCUCUCUUUUCCUUUUCUCUCUCUCUUUUCCUUUUCUCUCUCUCUUUCUCUUCCUUUUCUCUCUCUCUUUCUCUUCCUUUUCUCUCUCUCUUUCUCUUCCUUUUCUCUCUCUUUCUCUUCCUUUUCUCUCUCUCUCUUCCUUUUCUCUCUCUCUCUCUCUUCUCUCUCUCUCUUCCUUUUCUCUUCUUUUUCUCUCUCUCUUUUUCUUCCUUUUCUUCCUUUUCUCUCUUUUCUUCCUUUUCUCUCUCUCUCUCUCUCUCUUCCUUUUCUCUCUCUCUUCCUUUUCUCUCUCUCUUCCUUUUCUCUCUCUCUUCCUUUUCUCUCUCUCUUUCUCUCACCCUCUCUCUCUCUUUCUCUUCUCUCUCUUCCUUUCUCUCUCUCUUCCUUUUCUCUCUCUCUCUUUCUCUCUCCUUUUUCUCUCUCUUCCUUUCUCUCUCUCUCUCUUCUCUCUCUCUCUCUCUCUUCCCUUUUCUCUCUCUCUCUCUUCCCUUCCCUCUCUCUCUCUUCCUUUUCUCUCUCUCUCUUCUUUCUCUCUCUCUCUCUUCCUUUUCUCUCUCUCUAUUUCUCUUCCUUUUCUCUCUUUACAUACACACGACCCUUAAACACACAGAAAUAAAAUCGUUGUUUCCAGUCGUCCUUUCAAUAAGUUCUUUGCUGACAACCAUGAAUGCAUCAGAAGAUGAUGUUGAAGUGAAAGAAUCAACAAAAAAUGAAAAACAUCUUAAUUUGACUCCCUCCUUUAUAACCCCAGAUGGUGGCUGGGGUUGGUUUGUGGUUUUUGGCAGUAUGUUAACACAUAUCAUUAUUGGAGGUCAAGAACGAGCAAAUGGUAUUCUGUAUUUGGCAAUUGUAGAUAAAUUUGAUAGUUCUGCUACAAUCACUGCAAUUUUACUUUCAUUCACUACUGCUUUUGAGCUUUUGUGUGGUCCUAUAUCCGGUGCCUUUAUCAAAAGAUUUUCUGGCCGUACAGUGAGCUUUGUUGGAGGAUUGCUCCUUUUUUUAUCUUUUUUAUUCAGCUCUUUAACUACUUCUGUAGAAUUUCUUUUUAUUACCUAUGCAUUAUUUGGAGGACUUGCUAAAAGUUUAUCCUAUACAUCCAGCAUCAUUAUGGUUGGUUAUUACUUUGAUAAAAAACGUGGCAUUGCAGUUGGUCUCACAACAGCGGGUGUUGGCAUUGGGACAUUCAUAUAUGCUCCCCUCAUGGAAUGGUCUUUUAAAACUUAUUCUUUCUUUGGUACGAUGAUUAUCUUAGGAGCCAUAGCCUUAAACCUGUGUGUUUGUGGUUUGUUGUAUCGUCCACUCCAAAAAAAGGAGGCAUUUCUUUUAAAAGAGGCAAAUGAAUUGAACCUCAUAAGCCGGAUUGUCAUGGGUUUAUUUCUUGAUCUGAAAUGGGUCAAACCUUAUCGAAGGUUUAUCUUUACAACAAUAAUUGGUCUACAGGUAAUCAUGAUGUUUUCUUGUUCAUAUGCUAAAAGAUUUUGGGAAUUUGCCCUUAUCUGUGUUGCAUAUGGAUCUUUAUCUGGGGGUACAAUUGCCCAAUUAUCCAUUAUUGUAGUCGACCUUCUUGGAGUUGAAAAACUUGCCAGUUCCUUUGGUUGGACUUUGUGUUUCCAAGGAAUUGGUAUUCUCAUUGGACCACCAUUAGCAGGUCAAAUCAGAGAUACUUACAAAAAUUACAGCUUGGUGUACUUCUUUGCAGGAGGGAUGAUGUUUGCAGGAUUACUAUUUCUUUUAGCCAGUGCAAUUUUGUACUCGUGGGAAAAGAAGAAAAACAAAUCAACUGAAAGUGAUUAA